AUGAAUUCGAAUCCAUUUAGUGAUACUACUAUUAGAAAAAUAGAACGUUUUCAAUGGUGGCAUCAACGUCGAACUAAAUUGAUUUUUAUUAUUUUAAUUAUUCUUACAAUACUUAUAAUUAGUUUAUCGCUCAUAUUAAAGUUUGUUAUUCUUAAACCGUCGAAGUCUAAGAUCACUACCACAACAACAACAACUACUACUACAACUACUACUACUACCACAUCCUAUCAACAGUAUGUUUGGCGUGACACUGGUAACUUGGUUAAUGCACGGUAUCGACAUGCAGCAUCUGUUUUGAAUGAUGGAAGAGUUUUAAUAACUGGUGGAUUGGGUAGUACAUAUCAGUUAAGAACUGCUGAAUUAUAUGAUCCAUCAGCAGGAAAUUGGACACUGACUGGUAAUAUGAAUAUUGAAAGAGAAUUUCACACAUCAUCUACAUUAACAAAUGGGAAAGUAUUAGUUGUAGGUGGAGAAGCUUCUCGUGGUUAUCAAAAUACCGCGGAAUUAUACGAUCCAUCAACAGGCGUUUGGACAGUUACUGACUCGCUAGAGUAUGCGCGAAGUGAACAUGCAGCAACUGUAUUACUGGAUGGCAAAAUUUUAAUUACUGGUGGAUACAAUGGUCGUGAUUAUCUAGAUAGUGCUGAAUUAUUUGACAUAUCAACAGAAACGUGGAGAAAUACUACGAGUAUGAAUAGUGGACGAGAACAUCAUACAGCAAGUUUGUUACAAGAUGGAAGAGUUUUAGUUGUUGGCGGAAGUGAUUCUCGUACUGCUGAAUUGUAUGAUCCUUUGACAGAAGCAUGGAAAUAUACUGGUAAUAUGACGAUUGGACGACAAAGUCAUACAGCAACGGUAUUAGCAAAUGGAAAAGUAUUAGUUGUUGGCGGAUCACAUGAUCCUACAAGUCGUGCUGAAUUAUAUGAUCCAACUACAGAAACAUGGACAGUUAUCAAUGGUCCGAAGGAUAUUCGAUUUGAUCAUACAGCAUCUGUAUUAACGAAUGGGCAAGUAUUAAUAGCCGGUGGAUAUGCUGUUGACGAUCUUAUUACUACUGAAUUAUAUGAUCCAUCGACAGGAAAUUGGAUAAUUACGGGAAAUAUGAGUCAUACUCGAACUGAUCACAUAGCAGCAACAUUGCUAAACGGAAAUGUUUUAGUUGCCGGUGGUUAUGAUCGCGGAGCCAAAAAUACUGCAGAAUUAUAUGAACCAUUAUAA